AUGAUUUUCCCGUUUGCACGUGAGGACGAUGUGAAAAAUGUUGGUGGGCUACUUUAAGCGGUCGCGGGAAUUUUUAGCAUUGUUACAGUUAUGGGGUUAUUCAGGCUGUGAAAAAAAUGAUUUUUUUCCUUUUUUUACGUCAAAAAACCCAAUUCAGCGGUGUAAAAAAACGAAAAAAAAACGGAAAACAAACAUACGCUGAAUAGCCCCAUUAGUGUUAAAAUUUUUCAGCUAACCGCUACUCUAAAUCUCCAAAAUUGCACCGAGGAAUCUCUGGCAGUCCUCAACGAGUGGGUCGACCGAAACUCGUUUCCAUCUGGUGACAUCCCCAAAAAUUUGACCAAAAUUCUGUGUCGACGUCCACAUUCUGCGGGAGUUUUCAUAAAAAUCGAAAAGUCCGAGUGUUUGACCGAUAAGGAGCACGCGAGAAAUGAAGCGAAACUGUUCUUGGAACAUCGCAAAGUUGUCAAGGAGUUGGUCGAUUUUUUGGUGCAAAAAAGUCAGGAAUUGCGAAUUUUGCGGGAAGAACAAGCUGAGAUGGUGAGAAAGUGUCAAAAACGAUUUCAGGACCUCGAAAAACCCCCGGAAAACGAUGUAAUAUUAUGAAAAACUCAAAGAUGAUGGCCUAGUGGUUUUUGAAGCAUCGUUUUGUGUCUUGUUGGAUUUUGACAGUAAAAAUCGAUAAAAAUUGCAAAUUAUUUCGUUCGUCGGACCGCAUGCUCGUUGUUUCUCGGCAAUUUUUGUGUACUCUUCAAUCGUUACACUUGUUGCUGCUCGGUGAGGUCUCUGAAAUGGGUCUCGGAGAGUAAACAUAAAGUUUCAACGACAACUGACCGCAAUUAGACUCCAUUCUUUCGGUUUUUGAGUGUUCCUGCCGAUCCGUGCAGCGAUGGGCCGAACGGCCGACGUUUUCUGCGUUUCCAAGCUGAAAAAAGGACGAAUAAACGAAUCGACAUAGGAAAAAUCGAGGUUAUCACGAGGAAAUACGAGAAUUCGGAUUAGAUCACUGAAAUUUGUAUCGAUUUUUAUUGUCAAAAUCCAACAAAUGCCGUUUUCUGCUAUACAAGGCGCAGUGCUGGAAAAUCAUUUUUGCAGCCUUGAAACUUGAUUUUCUAGUGGUUUUUAUGUAAAAAAAAUCAUUUCAGAUGCGCCGAAUCUUCUGGCAAACCGAUUUUGAGUGCUCCAAUUUCUUCGGCUCCACUUCCAUUUUCUUUAUCGAUCGGCUCGAGUCGAUUUAUCGAACGGAAGAAGUGAAACGGAUCCACAAUGAUUUAAUGCGACAAUUUCGGUUUUUGCAUGAUUUCGACGUGCUCAACUUCAGUGUCAAAGAUGUUUUCUCGCAGAGAAUUCUUAAAGAAAAUGGUCAUCUUCUCAAUGGUUAUUUGUAACUUUUUUUCAAAUAAAUUCUUUGCAACGACCAAAGAUUAAAGAAAAAACGUGCCAGGCGGAUUUAAUGGGAUUUCGGUAGGCGUGGGGUGACAAGGAUUAAACGGUCUGAACGGAUAAAAAGAGCGAGAACGGAUCGGGUAUUAGUGCACUCAUGGAGUGCGAUUUAAAAACGAAUUUAGUAUAGACUUCCUGUUUCAUGAGUUUCAGUUGUUUCAAUUCAGGCUUCUUGGACUUUGGUUGAAGAAUUCAUAAAUCCGAUCCCUUCACGUAUUCAUUUAUAAUUCAAAAACAAUCAUUCCAGAUGACACGUACCUCAACCCUCCUUCUCCUUUCCUGCCUCGUUUUCUACGUGUCUUCGGAUCAAAUUGUGGUCGGCGCGUUUCAGAAAAUCUUCCCCUACGCCACUGCCGCCACUGUCAAGACUGUACGGCGGUUUUUGUUUUUCUCCAGCACCCUUCAACUUUUUUUUUGCAGCUAACCACCAACGUCAACAAACAAACGACCAAGCCGAAAGCGAAGACGGUCGUCACCAACUGGGUGCCCAAGAACUGGGUGAGUCCGUCAAUGUUUUGUGUUGACUUUUUUUAAAAACUUAUGAUUAUAUUGGCGUAAGAAUGAUAGAUUGAGGCUACAAUAAAAAUCGAUGGGUAAUCCAAGUCGUUCAAGUAUUGUCUGGACCGUUUUUGUAGGAUUCUGGAAGGUUCUGACCACUUCAGAGCUCAGGUUGAAUUUUCGUUAUUCCAAGAGAAUUCGCAAUAAAUUCCUUCUAUUUUCCCUUGAAUACAAAGAAGAACAAGCAUAGACACUUGAAACAUUCCGACCCCAAAAAUGUUCGCAUUUUUGCAGAAAGCCGCCUCAGCGACAGUGGACUCGAGCAAUCAGUUGUCCAAGCAGGCGUACGCUAAAAAUAAGGCGCUGACCUUCAUCGACAUGAGAUAUUCGCUCACAAAAUACAUCAACUACCUGUACAAUCAGGCGAUCAGCACCAAGUAUUUGACAAAGGCCGAGGCGACUAAUGUGAGUUCGAGAAAACGGUUUUCGCUCGAUGCACCACCAUAUUUUCUAAUUUCCAGAUGCGUACAAUGUUCUGGGCGGCCGACACGUCCACCAGCAACAACUACACUGCCACGUGUCAGACUUUCAUGGCUGAGGCUUCCACUAAGGUAGACUCAACACUUUGAAAUAUCAUAACUUUUUUCAAGAAAAUGCUAAAAAUCCCCACGAGCGCUCAAAAUGAGGGUAAUCGUGUGCAUAUUUCAAUUAUUUUAGAUCCAAAAGACGCCGACAAUCGUGUCAAAAGUGCAAGAGUUGACGGGAACAUUCGCAUCGGCCAAUCCGACGGAUUACUCUAAUCUCCAAUGGUCGCUCUAA